UAUAUCUACUCCUACUAUCUUCACUAUCUUUAUUCAAACCAUUCUCCUCUUCUUAAAUCAUUCAAUCAUUUCCAUCAUUCUUAUAUUAAUUAAUACACUUGACCCUUUUCUCUACAAGUUUCAUUAUUUCAAACAACCAUGUCUCCUUCUUCUUCCAAAAGACAUCCAACUUACCACGGAAUUCGAAGCCGUGGAGGAAAAUGGGUGACUGAAAUCCGCGAGCCUCGCAAAACCAACCGCAUAUGGCUGGGCACAUUCCCCACCCCUGAGAUGGCAGCCGCAGCGUAUGACGUUGCGGCUUUGGCUCUCAAAGGUCGGGACGCAGUGCUAAACUUUCCUGACAGGUCUAGCAUGUAUCCAGUGCCGGCGUCCAAUUCUUCCGAUGACAUACGCAAUGCUGCCACUGCUGCAGCCGAACUCAUGAACACUGAAUUCAGCAAUGGUGCUGGUUUUGAAGUUAAUCCUUCGUAUCAAACGGAUCAGUUUCUUGAUGAAGAAGCUAUAUUCUCCAUGCCAAGUUUGAUGGUAGCAAUGGCGGAGGGAAUGAUGCUUUCACCUCCCAGAAUAAACCCACCACCCUCUGAUUACUCACAUGAUCAAUAUUACACUAUGGGACAAAGUUUGUGGAACCAUUUUUGAUCUACCACACUCUCCCUCUCUAUAUAUAAUAUACAUAUGGAAUAGGAAAAUGUAUCUGGCGAUAGCAUGCAUGGCAGUGGUCGUGACAAGCUACAGAGUGUGUGUGUGUUUCGAUGCUUUCGGGAUCAAUUCGUUUAGGCUUGGUUGCAUUUGUAUCAGAAUUUUGUUUCACGUUUUUAUUAUAGAUAUGAGUCAUGAGUUUUUCUUUUCUUACUA